GGCGCGUGAAUGCUCCAUUGAUCGAACUACCCAUAUAAUUAUGUCUAAGAGAUGUCUUGGCCAUUCAUUUUUUUUUCUUUCAUUCUGUGGAUAUCUCGUGGUCUGUUUCAUGUACCAAUUCAUUACCAUUGCCGGACGAUGUCUCCCAGCACACCGAAUGGACGACCGUGUCCACCCUUUCACCGUCAUGCCCUUCCAAUUUGUAUAUAAACCCCUCUUAUGGUCCUGCCAGCUUCGUAACAUGCAACUCAACCUCCCACGAAACCCCAACCCGCCAUGCUGCCCACGCUCCGCCUCCCCAAUCAUGAAAGCCGGCUUCCCAGCAUCUCCGCCAACCACACUCAUACCCUCAUCUCGUCCUGCUCUACACCUCUCUCGUUUUGCUUCUCCUCAAACCUCGCCAUCGUCAAGCGACUCACCUGGGAGCAAACCCCGUGGGUGCUCCCUCACCUCGACUCCUGGUCUCGCCGGCACAUUGAAGAGUGCCUAUCUCUUCAUCUCCGCCGUAACAUCCCCGAAAAGAUCCUGGACAACGCUCUCCUGUUGGGGGAGUGCUACGAACCGACGACACGGGACGCGGAACCGGGACACCAUCCCCAAAUGUUCGUCGUGUUCCCGAAUCUGAAACGCGACGUCCUACUCAAUGAGCAGUUUCUUACCUUCUGGCAUGAUGAAGUGAUGCGACCAUCCUUCAGACAGGCGUCGGAGGACUCUGGUCUAGUAGAAGUCGAUGGUGACGAAGCGGCCGAGUUCGCUGGCCGUAUGAAGAUGCCUGGGGCCUAUGGUGGUCGUGAGCCGGGUACAGGAAAGCGUGUAUUCCCAGCCGCGGGAAUUCUGAACCACUUGCGAGCUGGCAGCACCCGUCGCGUCUUUGCUCGAUGGCCGGAGUGGCAUGAUAGAUGUGCAUCUGGGUACGAGGGGAAGUAUUCAGAUGUGCGAGCCAAAUUGUUGGGCGAAGCGUGGAGCAGCAUUACGGGGAUGUUGAGCGGGAAGGAUGAGCUGGAAGCGCCAUUGCUCCUGCUAGUCUGGCGCGGACGUACUUCAGUGAGCGGUUUUCUCACGAACAGGUUUACAAGGCCGUCGGGGAGCGGUGGGACAGAUAUGUCGACGCGAGGUUUGCGAUCCCUGGAAGCUUCCAUGUCGUCCUAGAAACUGUUCUGCGUGAUGAAAGGUGAGCCUGAAGAAACCAGAGCGAUCAGUACAGUCGGGUAGAACGCCUGCGGUCGAAAGGGCUGAUUUUGGUCCAAAACUUGAAGACGGUGUAGGCCGUGGGCGAAGAUCGAAGCACCAUUAAAGCUGCAACGUCGUCAGCCAUCUUCCACAACGUAAAUAGUUGCGCAGACACUAAAGGAGAGCUCAAGAGAAAACUAGAAGGGAAUACCUACCUUGCACCUCAUGUGUAG